GCUGCCAUUACUGCUUGUGUGUAUGACCGCCUCAGUGCAGGCUUAUAAUAGCGCAGGUCCGGGCAGGGGCCAGCAUCACUCUUCUAUAGACUCUAUAGUGCGAGGGAGUGGGGAGUGAGAAGAGGAAGGGACAGGGGGCAGAGUCACUGGCGGACAGAGAAGGCUCCUCACAGAGCAGCGGCGGCGGCGGAGGUGGCAGCACCUGACUGACUGGUAUAUGACUGCAGGCGGCCCGGGUAGCGCUCCUCAGCCUCUCUCCUCCACAGGAAGAGCCGCGCUUGGGAUCUACACCCCUUGCCAUGCUCGCAGCCACCUGUAACAAGAUCGGCAGCCCCAGCCCGUCCCCGUCUUCCCUGUCGGACAGCUCUGGCUCGUUCGGGAAGGGAUUCCACCCUUGGAAGCGCUCCUCGUCCUCCUCAUCCUCCGGUAGCUGCACCCUGGGCUCCGGUUCCCUCUCCGGCUUCGGGGUCAGCGGCUCGUCCAGAGGCGGCUCUUCAUCCUCAAGCGCAGCGGCUGCGGCGGCUGCGGCUGCGGCGGCGGCGGCUGCAGCUGCUUUGGUGUCGGACUCCUUCAGUUGUGGGGGUUCCCCUGGCUCUAGCGCCUUCUCUUUGACUUCCUCCGGAGUUGGCGGCGGUGGUGGAGGCAGCGGAGGGGGAGGAGGUAACUGUCCGGUGUCAGCUGCCUCUCCGUUUGCCAACGAGUACUCUGUAUUCCCGGUCAGCGGAGGAUCCCAGGAGGCGGCCGCUGCCGCGGCGGCAGCAGCUGCAGCAGCUGCGGCGGCCGCGUCCCAUCACCACCAGCCGGUCUUCCUGUCCAAGGUGCACGCCUCCGUGGACGGACUGCAGAGCAUCUACCCCAGAGUUGGGAUGGCGCACCCCUAUGAGUCCUGGUUCAAGCCCUCUCACACAGGGGACGUGAGUGCAGCAGCUGCCAGUAGCGCCUCCAGCUGGUGGGAAGUAGGUGCUGGCUGGAUAGACGUUCAGAGUCCCGGGGCUGGAGCAGCGCUGCACCCGGGCUCCCUGCAGAGCUCCCUGCACUCACCAUUAGGAGGAUACGGCUCUGACUACACUGCAGCUGGGUUCGGACACUUUACCACUGGGGGCGGUGGAGGAGCCGGAACUGGGGGAGGUGGAGGAGCCGGAGGUGGAGGUGGGGGAGCUGGGGGAGCCCCCGGAGGUCACCUUCUUAGCCCUGCCGGACAGCACCUAAUGGACGGAUUUAAGCCAGUGCUUGGCCCUGGGACUUACCCUGACCCAUCAUCCUCCCCUCUCUCUGCCAGUUCCAUGCUAGCACCCACAGGGCCACUCGGAGGCUCCCCACGCUCUUCGGCCCGGCGCUACUCUGGAAGAGCCACCUGUGAUUGCCCCAACUGCCAAGAAGCGGAGCGGCUGGGCCCCGCGGGGGCGAGUCUGCGGAGGAAGGGGCUGCACAGCUGUCACAUUCCAGGAUGUGGCAAAGUCUAUGGCAAAACGUCCCAUCUGAAGGCGCACCUACGCUGGCACACAGGAGAGCGGCCCUUUGUCUGCAACUGGCUCUUCUGCGGCAAAAGGUUCACCCGCUCGGACGAGCUGCAGCGCCACCUGCGCACCCACACCGGGGAGAAGCGCUUCGCCUGCCCUGUGUGCAACAAGCGCUUCAUGCGCAGCGACCACCUGAGCAAACACGUCAAGACGCACAGCGCGGGGGGUGGCGGGGGCACUGGCACUGGGGGGACAGGCAGUGGGGGCAAGAAGGGCAGCGACACAGACAGUGAGCACAGUCCCUCUGCCAGUCCGCCCUGUCACUCACCCGAGCUACUGCACAGCACGGAAAGGAACGGCUUGGAGUGAGCUAUGGACAAGAUGCUGCCAUGUUUUACCCCUGUACACCCCUAUAGACCCCCUCUGUACUGUGAUUUAGGGACAUACAAGUGACCACAGCUGGAGCUCCCCCUAGUCCUCAUGACUCCAAUACAACUGGUUUAUCUAAGGAAUUUACUCAACUCCGAUACACCUGUAGGACUCAGUACCUGGCAGCAUCAGGGUGACCCCAAAAAACCCCCCUACAGUAAUUUAAUGCCAGAGCCGGACUUUAUGGUCAGUCAUGUAUUGCAAUAGAGCCUGGAAGUUAUAUCAGGAUCCCUGGACAGCACUGGCCUCACUGUAUACUGUCCUGUAUAAUGCACUGUAUCCUAUGGAGAAAACCCCCCCACCCAGAGACUGCUACAAGCUGCUGUCUAUAGUAAUGGGGUUCUCAGUUAUCAGCCUACAGGUAACCCUAAUGAUAAUCUAUUCACUGGACUCUAUGCUAGUUUAUGGCUUUAGACUUCUAGGCAGAUACCUGUUUGCAGUGGACAUUUUCACAUCUAUAAAAAAAAAAAGACCACCAUGCUGUAAUAUAAUAUAAAGAUUAAUGUUAAGGGUCAAUAAUAUGUCUAAUGAUAGGGCAAAGCCAUGAGCAGAAGAUUUUAUGGAUACUUAGAAAUCUGCUCAUUUAUACCAUUUAAUGUCUCUAUAAAUCUAUUUUUACCACCCAAACACCCUAUAGGCCAGUGUUUCCCAACCAGCGUGCCUCCAGCUGUUGCAAAACUACAACUCCCAGCAUGCCCGGACAGCCAAAGGCUGUCCGGGCAUGCUGGGAGUUGUAGUUUUGCAACAGCUGGAGGCACACUGGUUGGGAAACACUGCUAUAGGCAAUGUACUGCUCACCCUACACUGAGGCCCAAAAGCCUAGAUAUAUGAUAUAUAUAUAAACAGUCCUUAGCACUGGAACCACUGACACGGGUUAAGCUGGCUUUAGACGUAACGAUUUGGUCGCAAGUAAUUACAGUGCUACUAAACCGAUCUGAUAAAUCGAAAGUCGAUAAUUGAUCAUAAUCGUUUAUCUGGGGGGUUGCUAACUGAUUUGAAAAGAUCAAGUCCAUAUCUGUAUGGACUGGACUCAUCCCAAAUAAUGCAAUGAGAAUUGUUCCGUCUAGGGCCAGCUCCACUGACAUAUUGGUGGCGAUUUGUAUAGUAUUUUUCUUGUAUAUUCAUUACAGUAAAUAUAUAUAUAGGAGUACAGAUGAGUUUCUUUGUUGCAGAUGACUGCAGUCUUUUUGUUAAUAUAAUUCUAAUUAUUUUGUUCCUUGAAGAUGCACUUUGAGGGGCUAGUUUUGCUUGACUAUGACUUAGAUAGGUAUAACUUGGAUCUCACCCAUGGGGAAUGAGCUGCUGGUGAACUAUCCUGGGGUUUAUUCCCCAGAGGGUGAGGCACCCACUCAUGUAUUAAAAUAAAUGUGUCAGAGUGAACCUGAGCUGUCUUUGGCCUGUGUAUUCCCUGCUUCAAUCACUAGAACCCCCCCAAACCUUUGUCCAUACAAGUGCUGACUGACACUACAGCUGAAGUUUGCAGCCACUGCAGACUGUACUCCUUGUUGUAAUGUUGAAAUAAUUUGAAUAUUUCACAUUGAAAUGAAAAGAAAAAAAAAUAAAAAAAAAAACUGAAGAAAAAAAAAGAAAAACUUUCACUGAGACGUUUUUAGAUUGCAUUAUAAAUGCAUGAGAUGUAAUUGGUUUUAUUUGUAAUAUUUUAAAUAAUGGUAUUAAUAAACUC